AUGGACAAAGUGCUCAGCAGCCUCCUGCUUCUGGGAACCGCAGUGAUGAUGGCCCACGCAUGCCCCAAGUACUGUGUCUGCCAGAACCUGUCUGAGUCCCUGGGUACCCUCUGCCCAUCCAAAGGACUGCUCUUUGUGCCUCUGGACAUAGACCGGCGGACCGUGGAGCUCCGCCUGGGCGGAAACUUCAUCCUCAAGGUCACACCGCAGGACUUUGCCAACAUGACGGGCCUGGUGGACCUCACCUUGUCCCGCAACACCAUCAGCGCCAUCCAGCCUUUCUCCUUCCUCGACCUGGAGACCCUGCGCUCUUUGCACCUGGACAGUAACCGCCUGACCGAGCUGGGUCCGGAUGACCUGCGUGGCCUUGUCAACCUGCAGCACCUCAUCCUCAACAACAACCAGCUCAACCGCAUCUCCAAGGUGGCCUUUGACGAUCUGAUGCUGACACUGGAAGACCUGGACCUGUCCUACAAUAACUUGCGGGGCGUACCUUGGGAGUCCAUCCGCAAGAUGGUCAACCUCCACCAGUUGAGUCUUGAUCAUAACCUCAUCUCGCACAUCGCAGAGGGGACGUUUACAGACCUGGACAAGCUGGCGCGCCUGGACCUCACAUCCAACCGGCUCCAGAAGCUCCCGCCGGACCCUAUCUUCGCCCGUUCCCAGACUAACGUAAUACUGACCACUCCCUACGCCCCUCAGCUUUCCCUGAGCUUCGGGGGAAACCCACUGCAUUGCAACUGUGAAGUGCUUUGGCUCCGGAGGCUGGACCGAGAGGACGAUAUGGAGACCUGCGCUUCCCCUUCCAAUCUAAAGGGACGCUACUUCUGGUAUGUGCGGGAAGAGGAGUUUGUUUGUGAACCGCCCCUGAUCACCCAACAUACGCACAAGUUGUUAGUGCUGGAGGGCCAAACGGCUAGCCUGCGCUGCAAAGCUAUCGGUGACCCAAUGCCGAUCAUACACUGGGUCGCCCCAGACGACCGUAUGAUUAGCAAUUCGUCUCGAGCGACUGUGUACGAUAAUGGCACCCUGGAUAUUACCAUCACCACGUCCAAGGAUUACGGCACCUUCACUUGCAUCGCAGCCAACGCAGCAGGGGAAUCGACCGCCUCUAUAGAACUGUCCAUCAUUCAACUGCCCCACCUCAGCAAUGGUACCAACCGCACCGCACAGCCCAAGUCCCGGCUCUCGGACAUCACCAGCUCUACCAAGACCAGUAAGGGGGAGUCCAAGCCUGCACCGGAAAAGGUGGUAUCCGUAUCUGAGGUGUCCGCAUCCUCUGCUCUGGUCAAGUGGACUGUUAGCAAAACAGCACCCAAGGUCAAGAUGUACCAGCUCCAGUACAACUGCUCCGAAGAUGAAGUCCUGAUUUACAGGUAA